UUGAGAGAUGACGGAUGGGUCGUUGGACCAAAAGAUCAGCUCUUAUUCUGGGUACCACCCACUUCCCGACAGGCAUUUUAUAGUCCUUGGAAUGCCUUGGUCAUACCUACGGGAUAUGUUGAGCUUGAUUUGAGUCGCAUGGCACAUGGAUCACAGUGGCAAAAUUGCAGAGGUCCCACUCGGAGAACUACGAAGGAACGGUUAUCUUCCCUUGGUUCGUCCGGCUAG